AUGUGGAGAUGGGUGAGUUCGAGGACCCAUAUGGAGAUGACUUCGAGUCAGAUGAAGAGAUCAUCGAGUUGGAUUCUGCUGGGGAGGAAGAGGAAGACCAGGGUAUGGAAGAGGAUGCUGCGCUGGGGAAAAUAGAGGAGGUUGAUAUCGAAAAGUUCUCGCAGCAAGAGUCUGCCCCGGAGUCGACUUUAUACUUGCCCCACAGAUCUAAGCCUUUGGGCCCAGAUGAAGUCUUGGAGGCGGACCCUACGGUAUACGAAAUGCUUCAUAACGUCAACAUGCCAUGGCCGUGCUUAACGCUUGACAUCAUGCCCGACAACUUGGGCUCAGAGAGAAGAAGCUACCCUGCCUCAGUAUACGUCGCCACGGCCACUCAAGCGUCCAAAGCCAAAGACAACGAGUUGAUUGCUAUGAAGUUGUCCUCAUUGUCCAAAACUUUGGUGAAAGAGGACGAAGAGGACGAAGAGGACGAAGAUCUGGAUGACGAGCUCCAUGUGGAUCCUGUCAUGAUGUCCGAGACUGUGCCUCUCAAAAGCACCACUAACAGAGUGAGAGUUUCUCCCCAUGCAAGAGAAACAGGCGAAUAUCUCACGGCUCUCCUGCAAGAAAACGGAGAGGUGCAAAUCUUCGACUUGGGAUCCCAAUUCAAGGCCUUUGACUCGCCUGGUUACAUGAUUCCCAAGACCGCCAAAAGACCACUUCACACAGUGCGUGUCCAUGGCAAUGUUGAAGGAUAUGGUUUGGACUGGUCUCCAUUGAUCAACACCGGGUCCUUGUUGACAGGUGACUGUCUGGGAAGAAUUCAUCUCACAUCCCGUACCACGUCCAGUUGGGUCACUGACAAAACACCUUUCACUGCUUCCGACCACUCCAUUGAAGAUAUUCAGUGGUCCACAGGAGAAAACACAGUCUUUGCGUCUGCAGGGUGUGACGGGUAUGUUCGCAUCUGGGACACGAGAUCGAAGAAGCACAAGCCUGUGAUUUCGGUCGCUGCAUCCACCACAGACGUGAACGUCAUUUCCUGGAGUGAUAAAAUCAACCAUUUGUUGGCAUCGGGUCAUGAUGAUGGUUCCUGGGGCGUUUGGGACUUGCGUAACUUUGGCGGGAAGGAGACACCAGCGCCAGUGGCCCACUACGAUUUCCACAAGUCGGCCAUUACGUCCAUCUCGUUCAACCCAUUGGACGAAUCUAUCAUUGCGGUUUCCUCGGAAGACAACACUGUCACAUUGUGGGAUUUGGCUGUCGAGGCUGACGAUGAAGAGAUCGCUCAACAGCGCAAAGAAGCACAAGAGUUGAGCGACAUCCCACCACAAUUAUUGUUUGUGCAUUGGCAAAGAGACGUCAAGGACGUCAGGUGGCACAAGCAAAUUCCUGGGUGUUUGGUGUCUACAGGUGGAGAUGGAUUGAACAUUUGGAAGACGAUCUCCGUUUAAAUAAAGACGUGCUUGCACUUGCAUAAUACAGUUCAGCUGUUCGGCCUGGUGGCACGGGAAGCAUAUUUGUACCUCAAUAGAAUUUUGAAAAUUGUACUAGAUAAGAACAUGCGAUACGCGCAUGUUCAAGAAAGUGAAACACUGACUGUUUUAUUUGGAUGGUGGGUCACAUAUGGCUGCACCGAGAAAAUCUUCAACAUAUUGGCUUUAAGGUGAAAUUCUGACUUCUGCAAAAACAGAAUAACCAAACGCGUAAAUAUUCACGUAGACGAACGUAUGAUUUUGACAUCUCG